CAGGCAGCAGCGGUUUCUUGUUCCAAGAUCACUCCUCUGAGCCGUUCUCUGGCUGCCAAAUUGCGAGGGCCAUCAUAGCGUGAUUCAAUUUCUCAGCUCCAAGCAUCAGAUAAGCCAUCCUGUGAUGGCUCCUGAUGUCAGCUGCUUCCUUUUGGCUCUGCUGUGUUCUGCCAGCUGUGAAGUCAUCAUCUCCUUGGAUCAGACGUGCAUUGAGGAAGAAGCCAACAAAACAUAUAACUGUGAAAAUUUGGGUCUCAGAGAAAUUCCUGACACACUAUCAAAUGCAACAGAAAUUUUGGAUUUCAGCUUUAAUUUUUUGCCUGCAAUUCAAAAUAGAACCUUCAGCAGACUCAUAAAUCUUACCUUUUUGGAUUUAACAAGAUGCCAGAUUAACUGGAUACAUGAAGACACAUUUGAAAGCCAUUGUCAACUGAGCACUCUUGUGUUAACCGGAAAUCCCCUGAUAUUCAUGGCAGAAACAGCACUUAAAGGGCCCAGGACCCUGAAGCAUCUUUUCCUAAUUCAAACAGGAAUAUCCAAUCUCGAAUUUAUUCCAGUGCACAAUCUGGAAAACCUGGAAAGUUUAUAUCUUGGAAGCAACCAAAUUUCCUCUAUCAAGUUUCCAAAAGACUUCCCCACAUGGAAUCUGAAAGUAUUGGAUUUUCAGAACAAUGCUAUCCGCUACCUCUCUAGAGAAGAUAUGAACUCUGUGGAGUCCACCAACCUGAGCCUUAACUUCAAUGGCAAUGACAUCAAAGGUGUUGAGCCUGGGGCUUUCAGUUCAAUAGUCUUCCAGAGCUUGAACUUUGGAGGGACUUCUAACUUGUCUGUUAUAUUCAAUGGUCUACAGAACUCUACGAUUCAGUCCCUCUGGCUGGGGACAUUUGAGGACACUUCCAACCAAGACAUUAGUUCCUCCAUGCUCAAGGGACUCUGUGACAUGUCUGUUGGGAGCCUCAACCUGCAGAAAAACCGUUUCUCUGAUUUCACAGCCUCCACGUUUCAGUGCUUCACCCGACUCUGGGAAUUGGAUCUGACGGCAACUCACUUGGAAGAGUUACCUCCCGGGAUUGAGGGUAUGAACUUGCUUAAGAGAUUAGUUCUCAGUGGAAAUAAGUUUGACCAAUUGUGUCAAAUCAAUGCCGCCAAUUUCUCCUCCCUUACACACCUCUAUAUCAAGGGCAACAAGAAGAAACUUCACCUUGGUGCUGCCUGUUUGGAAAAAUUAAAGAAUCUUCAGAAACUUGAUUUAAGCCACGAUGACAUAGAGGCUUCUGACUGCUGCAACCCACAGCUCAAAGGUCUGAUCCGCUUGCAGAGCCUGAACCUGAGCCGUAACGCACCCCUGGGUCUCCAGAGUCAGGCCUUCAGAGAAUGUCCUCGGCUAGAAAUCCUGGACUUGGCAUUUACCCAAUUACACGUUGAUGCUUCACAAAGUCCCUUCCAAGACCUCCAUUUCCUAAAGGUUCUGAACCUCUCUCACUGUACCCUUGAUACCAGCAAUCAGCAUCUCCUAGAAGGCCUGGCAGAUCUCCGGCAUCUGGACUUCAGUGGGAACUCCUUUCAGGAUAGGACUAUCCCAAAGACCAACCUGCUACAGACAGUGGGCAGCGUGGAGAUCCUGAUUUUAUCCUUCUGUGACCUCCUUUCCAUUGACCCGCAAGCCUUCCACAGCCUUGGAAAUAUAAGUCACAUAGACUUAAGCCACAACAGUCUGACGUGCAACAGCAUCGAUUCUCUCAGUCACCUGAAGGGGAUCUACCUCAAUCUGGCAGCCAACAGCAUUGGCAUCAUCCCUGCCCAUCUCCUGCCUGUCUUGUCCCAGCAGAGCACCAUUAAUUUAAGUCAAAACCCACUGGACUGCACUUGUUCCAAUGUUAAUUUCUUAACAUGGUACAGAGAAAACUUGCAAAAACUUGAGGGCUUGGAGGGGACUGUGUGUGCAAACCCCCCGGAUCUGAGGGGAGUGGAGCUCUCUGCUGUCCAGCUCUCCUGUGGGAUGACCACCUUGGGCAUCUUCUUUCUCAUUGUAUUUUUAUUCUUGUUCACCAUUCUGCUCAUUUUUGCAGCUCAAUAUGUUCUCAGGCGGAAAUACCAACACAUUUAGUGCUGAGGGUUUGCAGAGAAGGCAAGUUAAUGUGUUUAGUGAAAGAACCCAUUUGCUGGUGGCCAGGCUCUUCAGAUUGGUUCCUAAAGCUAAGCAGGGUCUCUGUGUGCUUUCCCAACCUUCUCACCCCUGUAAAUCCCUGGGCUAAUGAGCCUCCUUUGCAGGUCCCCCAACUAGGACCAGAGGGCCACAUGCUGCUGUGAGAGAGGCACAGAGCCACUUCCUCACAUGGAAUGGAGUAGACGGGGUAGGCUGUGGCAGGGACAGGCCAGGAGCAGCCUACAGGGAGGCCGCCCCCUUCCACUCACCAACAGCCCUCCCAGCACCACACACCCUGUCUCUGUGUCCCCUGCCUCUGCAGGUGACCAGCAGCCCCCACAAUUUGGCAGUUGGAGGCCACACCCCUAACCCCACCCCCCACCUCUUGCAGGGUGCUUGCCUCUGGGUUCUCAGUAAUGCAGCUAUUUGGGAAACUUAGUUUGGGACAAAGUCUCAAUGUUUAUUUUAAAUGAAAAAAGAAAAAUAGGAUACAUUUAAAAGACUGAGAAAAGAAGCUUGCUAUCACAUAGGCUCCCUUAAUGUCAACAUCUCUAUAAUGCUCCCUAAGAUGCAAAUAGCUACAAAAAGAAAGGACCCCCACCCACCCCCCCGCUGUGUAGGAUUUCUGCCACGUUUCUUUCUGUUACUUCAGAACCCAGGAGGUUCCCUCUAUCUCUCUGGUGUCUCCCACUUCUGUUACAGACCCAACUUACAGGUGGGCCCUGGUCCAGAAUGCUCUUCUCAAUUGGGGGUCUUUAGAAGCCUCUUUCCCACAGGAACCAUGAGAUAAAUGGUGUUUUCGGUUUCCAGGCUGACACUCAGCCUACUUACCGCAGAGGGCAUUUGAGAUCGCACCUUUACAGUGGGGACUGGUGGAAGAAGACGCCCUGUGUCUAGCUGCUGGGAGCACAGCAAGGCUGGCUUGGUCAGAAACAGUUUCCACUGAGGCUGGGGGUGUCAGUGAAGGCUGUACCAGUGACAGACAGAAGACAGGACCACUGAAUUCAGACAGACAAAAACCAGUGUCAUAACUUAGGCCCAAAGGGUCACAGUCAUGCAGGCCGGAGUCUUCUGAAGUCUGGAUUGCUAGACAGGUUCGCUGGGAGUAUCCGGCCCCAGGUGUUGCAUUGAUUAAGGCCUGCAUUAAGUUCUGUAAUCAAUUUUAGGUUAGACAUAGAGAUGGUAAUUUACUGCUAUGAUAGUCUGAUUGGCUAUUGAACUAGAAGUUGGUCAGCUUUGAUGGUCAGUCAGAAUUGAUUAGCCCUUAGGUGGAGGGCAGAAUAGUGGGAGAUCAGGACAGAGUGGAAACUUGGGAGCCAACCCUCCUGGUUUCUUCUUCACCCUGGGAAAAGCAGGGCAGGAAGGGGGACAGCAGUGGCCUGGCCUCUCCCCUGCUCAGCGGUCUCAGGCCUUUGUACUAGCUCUUUUCUUUGCCUGGAAGACACUGUCAUCAGUGUCCAAAUGGCUGGUUCCUUUGUAUCGCCGAGAUUUCAGUGCUAAUUCUCUGAGCUAGAGCUCUUCCCUGACUUCAUCAAUCCAAACCAACCUCGAGCGCCACGCCCAGAGAACACCUUGUUUUACUGUCUUAAAAUGCUUCCCAUCUUCCUCACUUGUUCCAACUUGUCUGUCUUUGCCUGUCUCCAUGACAUUAGUUCAUCCAGCAGUAUCCUAGAACAUUCCUGGGACAUAGGAAGAACUCAAUAUAGUUUUGAUCAUUGCUGGCAUGUUGCCUGGCAUCUGACCCCAGAGCCCUUAUCAGCUCCUAGUCCUGCCACCAUGCCCAUUCCAACCUCCCUCAGCAGUGCCCUGGGCCUCCUGUGUGUUUCCACCAGUACCCCCUAGGGAAAUCUUACAGAAAAGGAUCCCUGGGCCUCCCCUCUCCCCCCACCACCUACUGGGAUUCUGGUGAACUGAGGCUGGCUCUAGCUUACCAGCCAUACGGGUUUUUUUUUUUUUUUUUAUUAAACCAUAGCUGUGUACAUUAGUAUGAUCGUGGGUCUUAUGUAAGAUCCUCAUUCUUUUUUUUUUUUUUUCCCCCGAAACAGAAUCUUACUUUGUAGUCCUGGGCAGAGUGCUGUGGCAUCAUAGCUCACAGCAACCUCAAACUCUUUGGCUUAAGCCAUCCUCUUACCUCAGCCUCUCGAGUAGUUGGGACUACAGGUGCCCACUCACCAUGCCUGGCUAAAAUAUUUUUAGUAGAGAUGGGGUCUUGCUCUUACUCAAGCUGGUUUCCAACUCCUGAGCUCAAGCAAUCCACCCACCUCAGCCUUCCAGAAUGUUAGGAUAACAGGCCUGAGGCACUGCUCCUCCUGGCUGAGCCUCCCUGUUCUUAAUGAUAGUCUAUUCUUCUUACUUCCCCCAUCUCAGAAUGCAGAUGGUCCCCACUCUAGGAAUCCAGUCUCAGACAUCAUCUCCCCGUUGAGUCUCUGGGUAUUCUGCCAAAUGUAAGCUCCUCCCGGCCUUAGGAUUUAAGCUGCAGAUGGGAAAUACUAAUUGCUGAUCUACAGGUCCCUAAACACACUGCCCUCCACAAUACUUCACAUGUAACUUGGAAAAACAAAAACAUUCUAUAGAAGAAUCUCUGAUGUGGAUUGCAUAGUGCUAAUAAUGACAGGGUCUCCUACCUUAGCAGGGCACAACUGUCCGUCGCGCUUUCAUUUCUCAGGCUGCUCCGGUCCACGAGAGCCACGUGCUGCCCCAUAACUGCACGCUGAUCUAAGGCUUUAUGACAGCUCCUCUGUUUUAAGCAACAGUAAAUUCACCCCCACAAAGUCAGAAAGGGAGCUUUUUGAUGGCUGCUGUCAAUUUUAUUGCUUUAUCCUGGUUACUAGGACAGAAUCUGCAGACAUGGUGUGUUUAUUGGUUUUAUGUAUUGCGUGUUGUUGCUGUUCUGACAAGUUACUCCUAUAAAAAUGUGUUAUUAUGGUGUGAUGUAGCUCAGUAAGCUGACCCUGCAUUUCAAAGUGUACUGAAGCAAAUAGCACUGAGGUCCAUAAAAGCUGACUGGCCUCCAUCACAGAGGACUCUGCGUGAGCGGCACCCCUGCACUCAGAGAAUUACACCCUUCCCUCUGCCAGAAACCUCUGCCCUUAACUGAGCACAGCAUGGCCACCAGCACAGCCACUAUCUGUAAAAUUCCCAGACAGGAAACCAUCAUAUUGUUCCACUUAUAAAACUCUCCAAUAAGUGUCAUUUGUAAUUUUGAAGUUUACAAAGUAUACAAUAAAAGGCUUUUAAGUGUUUUCUUAUAUUUGUGUAAGAUGCAAGAGGGGUGGCUAACAAUAUUUUGCCCUGAAUGCUGAAGAGAAACUUGGAUGACAAGGAAAGAGGGUGUGGUUAAUUCCAAGCAAGACAUGACUGGGGGGCCCUGGGUGUUGGGCUGGAGUUAGUUGUCUGACAGGUUAAGAGUGUGUCAAAGUGGGUUUAAUACCAAGAUGAUAGAGAGAAUUCUUUACAAAACAGAUUCCUGUUCUAUAGAUAAUGAAUUCAGUUAGACUGAGUUUGGCCUUGGAUUUGCACCAAAUGAUUUUAUGUAAAAUCCUUCUUUCCCUAAUCUUAAUUUU